CCGGGAAGUGGAGUCUUCUCUCCCUCCACCGUGAAGCUCCCAUUUUCCACAGGUUUCGCGAGAUUUACAUAGGCGGGUUGGUGUGUGGCAACGUUUCUCUGCCAGACGAACUGAACAAUACUGAUAUGAAAUCUGCGUAAAGUAACCUGUGAAUUUCUGGAGGCAUGUCCAAGAAAAGGGGCAGGAAACGAAGCAGCGGGGAACUGAGUGACACAGUAACCCCGGACCCCAACAGCAUUCUGGGAGUCCGCAUUCAGCAUAACUGGCGUGAGAGGGGAAACCAGAGCAAAUGGAAAGGAACAGUACUCGACAGACUCAGUGUAAAUCCUUCCCUCUUCAUGGUGAAAUAUGACGGCUUUGACUGCGUCUAUGGCAUUGAGCUCUUCAAGGAUGAGAGAGUAUCAAACCUGCAAAUCUUGUCAGAAAAAGUUGUAAACAACAAAAUCAAGAUCCCUCCAGGGGCAGAGGAGCUGGUGGGCAAAGCUGUGGAGCAUUUGUUUGAAAAGGAAGAUGGAGAGAAGAAUGAGUGGAGAGGAAUGGUCCUCUCCAGAGCUCCCAUCAUGACCAACUGGUAUUAUAUCACUUAUGAAAAGGACCCCGUUCUUUAUAUGUACCAGCUGUGGGACGACUACGCUGACGGAGACCUCAGGAUUCUGCCUGAAGCAGAAAACAAGCACCUGUUGCCUGCAGACAGGAAGCCAGGAGAAGAGACGGAGAGCCUGGUGGGCAAACAAGUGGAGUAUGUUACUGACAAGGGAGUGAAGAGAACAGGCUUGGUCAUCUACCAGGUCCCAGCCAAGCCCUCUGUCUACUAUAUUAAAUAUGAUGAUGACUUUCAUAUUCAUGUCUAUGACCUUGUCAAAACCACCUAGAGCUUGUGGACAUUUGUAUCUCACUCUCCAGCCUCCCUCCAUCUGCUUCUGUUCUGCUCAUUGUUAUAAUCUGUUCAAAGCCAUGGUAGGGUUGGAUAGCUGACAUGUUUUAUUGUUCAGAAGUCAGUGCAAUCUCUUUUUUUGUAUGCACAGCAGAACUGUAGCACUGCUAUGCUUGGCUAUUUUGAGGAGACAGAGUCUACUUGUUUUAUUGUUGCUGCUCUACUUUAUAUAUAACUUUAAGUUUGGACAGUCUAAGAUUGCACUGCACAAUGGCUGUGCAGCUGUUCCUGUAUUGUUGCCCAUUACCUGUCCAUAAAGUGGACUUCUUAGUUAACAACAAAGCUGCUCAGAAUAUCCUUUUAAAGACACAUCUGUCUGGAUUGUCUAAAUAGCUCGUAAGCUCGACGUUCACAAUGUCUAGAAUACAUGCUGUCCACUGCUGUAUUUUUUGAAUAAAACAGGCAGAUACAUACAUGUAUUGUAAUUACCUAACAAUAAUAUCAAAGUCAGAGUUGGUACCAGAAGAGAUAAAUGUGAGUAGCUUUGUAAAAUCACCUUAAUGGGGCCCCUUUACUUUAAAAAGCCAAUGUACUUCUGCACCUUUGCACCACAUUUAGUAUUGUAGUGUUCAUAUAUUGACUACAUACAUGAUGUGAAUCAUGCUGGGCGUCUCGUCUUGUGACCUUGAAAAAGGUUUCUGCACAGGCUCCAAAAUCAUAAUUUUAACAGUGCAAGGGACGCCCAGUCAUUUGUGCUCACAGCUAAGAUGCAAAAUUUGCUUUUGAAUUUGAUCCCACACAAAUCAUAAAGUGCCUUCUGGCUUGCCAUUUUGCAAUAUUGUACAUACUCUUUCUCUGACUGUCUGUGCUCUUAAUGAAUCUUUGAGUAUGCUAUUUAGUUUUCAUUCUGAAGAGACAACACUGACAGCUUGAGGAACGUUUUUGCAACCAUCAGUUUGAAUUAGUGAUGUGUUUUGCUCUUAAUGCAGUAUGUUCUUCAAAUAUAACGCGCAUCAUCAUUGGUUGUAUAAUCUCACUGUUGCUAUCGUGGGGAGCACUUUAUUGUAUAAGGUUUACACAUUUAGGUUAUGGUACACUAUUACAGUUUCCCCAGAAUGCGUUUUCCUUAAGAGCAAAUGUUGCGGAGUUGUGCUUUAAAUUACAUGCAUGAAGAAAAAAUAAAGGAAAGAAAACAUAGCUGCAGUUCAUUCAGAUGACAGUAUUUAAUCCGUAAAACUUGUGUCAAACUCCUUGUAAUGUUGCUUGUUGUGAUUACUCCAGUUUAUGACUAUUUCAUCAAAACACCACCAGCUUCUAAUGAAAAAAAAUCAUUAAUAUACGUAAAUUAGUAACUGAAUAUUUAACAAUUAUAAUAUACUGACAAACCAAUUUAUUAUUGACAGUGAUAAAGUCUCGUUCUAGCCUUUAUAACCGCCUUGUAGUCUUGCAAACAUGACAUGUAUGCUUGCAGUAUGGAGCUCAUCCCAAGUUCUUCACUGUUCACCUAGUUUCUGAUUUGGUUUAGGCUUUGUCAGCCUUUUAAAAGUCAUUCAGUGUAUCCCUCAGUUAAUUUUUGGUUUUUGCUGUCAGAAUUCUGCAUGCAUUAUCUGAACAGUGCCUGGAGGUUUUCAGACUUUAUUUUAACAUGAAGAAGUGACGUGAGGCGGAAUCAGUACCAUUUUCCUGCUUUCAAAAAAAAAAAAAAAAAAAGAGGUUGUGUUGAGUAAAGUCAUAACUGACUGCACUCUUCUUGGCGCUUUCAGUCACCUCCCCCUGCUCUGAAGUUGUAGAAUCAACCGACAGUUUGUGUCAUUAUUAUUCUGUCAUGAGUAAUAAAGAUUUUUGCACAUUU